AUGUCGGCAAUCUAUUCACUCACCAAUCCGAUCUUCACAAAUUUUGCUUUUUAUGCAGCGGCAUCAACUAUUAAAAUGAUGGCCAUGUCACUGCUUACCAGUCGACAGCGACUGGCUAAGAAUAUAUUCGCCAAUCCUGAAGAUAUUGCAUUGGGCAGCAAUAAAGAGGCAAAAGUAACACUAUCAGAUCCAGAUGUCGAACGGAUUCGUCGAAAUCAUUUGAAUGAUAUUGAAAAUAUUCUACCAUUUUUUGUGAUUGGUGCCCUCUACGUCGCCACGAAUCCAACUCCAGUUGUAGCUCUCUGGCAUUUUCGUGUCUUCUUUUUCUCUCGUAUAUUUCAUACGAUUGCUUAUCAGCUAGCAUUGCCGCAACCAUCGCGAUCUCUAGGCUUUACGGCUGGCUAUGUAGCGACCAUCUCGAUGGCUGUUCAAUUAUUUCGGGCUCUUCUAAAAUAA